CCCCCACUGGUCACCUGACUUGUUGUGUUGCUGCUGCAGAAACAUGGCGGCCCACCUGUCCUACGGUCGCGUCAAUUUAAACAUUUUGAGAGAAGCAGCACGGAAAGAGCUUCGAGAGUUUUUGGACAAAUGUGCAGGAAGCAAGGCCAUAGUUUGGGAUGAAUAUCUGACGGGACCUUUUGGAUUGAUAGCUCAGUACUCUCUGCUGAAGGAACAUGAAGUGGAGAAGAUGUUCACCCUCAAGAGUGGCCGGCUGCCCUCUGCUGACGUCAAAAACAUCAUCUUCUUCGUCCGUCCCCGACUGGAGCUCAUGGACAUCAUUGCUGAGAACGUAUUCAGCGAGGACAAGAUGCACUCGCCUCGAGACUUCCACAUCUUGUUCGUGCCGCGGCGCAGCAUGCUGUGUGAGCAGCGGCUGAAGGAGCAGGGCGUGCUGGCCUCUUUCAUCAACAUCGACGAGUACAUCCUGGACCUGAUUCCCUACGACGGAGACCUGCUCUCCAUGGAGUAUGAAAGCGCUUUCAGGGAGUGCUACUUAGAAAAUGACCAAACAAGCCUUUACCACACAGCCAAAGGCCUCAUGACCUUACAGGCGCUGUAUGGCACCAUUCCCCAGAUAUACGGAAAAGCCUCUGCUUGUCAGCACGUUGCCAACAUGAUGCUGAGGAUGAAGCGGGAGUUUGCCGGCAGUCAGAACCAGAUCCUGCCCGUGUUCGACACUCUGCUCCUCCUGGACCGUAACGUGGAUCUGCUCACCCCUCUGGCCACGCAGCUCACCUACGAGGGCCUCAUCGACGAGAUCUACGGAAUCACUAACGGUUAUGUCAAGCUGCCUCCUGAGAAGUUUGCACAGAAGAAGCAAGGCGAGGCGAGUAAAGAUUUGCCCACAGAGCCCAAGAAGAUGCAGCUCAACUCCGCGGAGGAGCUGUACGCAGAAAUACGAGACAAGAACUUCAACGCUGUCGGAGCGGCUCUCAGCAAGAAGGCCAAAAUCAUUUCAGCAGCCUUUGAGGAGCGCCAUAACGCUAAGACAGUGGGAGAAAUCAAGCAGUUUGUGUCCCAGCUGCCCCACAUGCAGGCGGCUCGCAGCUCGCUGGCCAAUCACACGUCUAUCGCCGAGCUCAUCAAGGACAUCACCACGUCUGAGGCCUUCUUCGAUAAUCUGACGGUGGAGCAGGAGUUUAUGACCGGAGUGGACACAGACAAGGUACACACACACAUAACCCCCUGUAUUGACUCUGAGGACCCCCUGUUGAAGAUCCCUGGUUUAGACUCAAUCAGAUGUCCAUCCAAUGAGGGGAGAAAGGAAAAGAUCCUCCAGGUAAAGUCACACUACUAUAAGAGAGAGAUCCUCCAGACGUACGGGUACGAACACAUCCUGACGCUCAACAACCUGGAGAAGGCCGGGCUCCUGAAGCUGCAGAGCAGCACCAGGAACAACUACCCCACCAUCAGGAAAACUCUCAAACUGUGGAUGGAGGACGCCAACGAACAGAACCCCAACGACAUCUCGUACGUGUACAGCGGCUACGCCCCGCUGAGCGUGCGGCUGGCGCAGGUCUUGGCCCGGCCCGGCUGGCGGAGCAUCGAGGAGGUUCUGAAGAUGCUCCCGGGACCGCACUUCGAGGAGAGGCAGCAGCUGCCCGCCGGGCUGCACAAGAAACGUCAGCAGGGGGAGAACCGGACGACGCUGGUGUUCUUCCUCGGCGGAGUGUCCUACGCAGAAAUAGCCGCUCUGCGUUUCCUCUCUCAGAUGGAAGACAGCGGGAUGGAGUAUAUCAUAGCGACCACCAAACUGCUGAACGGUACCACCUGGAUCAAAUCCCUCAUGGACCGGCCCGAGUCCCAGGGCUCCUGAGUCACCUGCUCGCACACCUGCACACAUCAGAGACUCGAUGCAGCCGCCAGAAGGCCCUCAGCUGCUGUCUGUCUGACCCUGGUGGUGUGUGUGUGUGUGUGUCUGUCUGUCUGUGUGUGUGUGUGUGUGUGUGUGUGUGUGUGUGUGUGUGUGUGUGUGUGUGUGUGUGUGUGUGUGUGUCUGUGUGUCUGUGUGUCUGUGUCUCUGACCCUGGUGGUGAACUGCAGCUGGGAUUGAUGUCGGGGCAUCAGCCAGCUCUGUGUGUGUGUGUGUGUGUGUGUGUGUGUGUGUGUGUGUGUGUGUGUGUGUGUGUGUGUGUGUGUGUGUGUGUGUGUGUGUGUGUGUGUGUGUGUGUGUGUGUGUGUGUGUGUGUGUGUGUGUGUGUGUGUGUGUGUGUCUGUGUGUGUGUGUGUGUCUGUGUGUCUGUGUCUCUGACCCUGGUGGUGAACUGCAGCUGGGAUUGAUGUCGGGGCAUCAGCCAGCUCUGUGUGUGUGUGUGUGUGUUUCUGUCUGUCUGUCUUUGUUUGUCUGUGUGUGUGUGUGUGUGUGUGUGUGUGUGUG